GAACAGGAGGGACUCUGCACCAGUCUGGACCAGGAGGACCCAGAGCCUCCACAGAUGAAAGAGGAACAGGAGGGACUCUGCACCAGUCUUGAAGGAGAGCUGCUUAUGCAGAAUCAGGAGAGUGAUGCCUUUAUAGCAACUCCUAGUUCUAAGGAAAGGGACCACAGUGACACAGAACCAAACAGUUACCAGCUACUCUGUCAGAACAUUUUUGUAGCUGAGAGGUCAGAUCAGAAAAGAAGUAAGCAUGCAGACUUAGAACCAAAUACAAAUGCAAAGCUGAAGCCAAUGAAGACACAUCACAGAAACAACAGUCACAGUAACAAUGUAGACAACACUCCCAUGGCUGAGAGUCACUGUGACAGUGACACAGGGAGAAAGACUUUCACAUGUGAGGUCUGUGGAAAAGCCUUUAAAAAUAGGUAUGACAUGAAGAAACAUUACAGCAGUCAUACAGAUGAGAAGCUGUUUGCUUGUAAGUCAUGUGAGAAAAGUUUCAGCUAUAGAGCUCACCUAAAAGUCCACAUGAGAACUCACACAGGUGAGAAACCGUACGUUUGUAAAACCUGCGGAAAAAGAUUUAGUACAGGAGGAAAUUUGACAAUCCACAUGAGAACUCACACAGGUGAGAAGUCGUAUUCUUGUACAACAUGUGGCAAAAGCUACACUGCCAGCACAACUCUGAAGGUCCACAUGAGAACUCACACAGGUGAGAAACCAUAUGUUUGUAACACCUGUGGGAAAAGAUUUUCUGACAAAUCAAAACAUAGAAGACACACAGCAAGUCACAAAGAGGAAAAGCCAUAUUCCUGUAAAACCUGCGGGAAAAGUUUCAGUCAAGGAAGUUAUUUGAAAGGCCACAUGAGAACUCACACAGGAGAGAAACCAUACUCAUGCAGCGAUUGUGGUAGAAGAUUUGGUUGCAGAUCCGUUUUAAAAGUUCACAUGAGAAUCCACACAGGUGAGAAGCCUUACCUUUGUAACACCUGUGGAAACAGAUUUACUGUCUUAUCACACCUUAAAAGUCAUAUGAAAAUCCACACAGGUGUGAAGCCACAUUCUUGUACAACAUGUGGGAAAAGCUUCACUUCUAGCACGUAUCUGAAAGUCCACAUGAGAAGUCACACAGGUGAGAAGCCGUACUCUUGUAAAACUUGUGGGAAAAGUUUCACUGGAGGAAGCUAUUUGAAGGUCCACAUGAGAACUCACACAGGUGAGAAGUCGUCGUCCUGAAACAUCUGUUCUGUGGAAACUAGCAUUUAAACAGGUUAAAGAUUUACAGCAGCUUCAGACUGUGCUUCAACAGUAAUUGUGAGGAAAUAUGUCAGCAGACCUGGAUGAUCAGACCAGAUGGAGUCUGGACUGUGGUGGUGGUGGAGCCAGGAGAAGAUCCAGGCUGAACAUCUGGAUAUGUCAUCUCAGACGCCUGUGAGAAGAUUUGAAGCCCAAAAGAAUCCCCCUCCUGAAUGACCUUAACCACUGGCUUAUGUAGGGGGCUGUUCACGUAAACCUAAGACCAAAUGUACGGUUCACCUCCUGA